CCUCACCCUCACUCCCAGUCAUGACCCCCACUCACUUAACCAAACUUGACCCUAACUCUCCUUCCCAGAGUACCUUCUCCACCCAAAAUCCUACUAAAAUUCCCUCUUCUUCCUGGCAGGCCCAGCUGCAGCUGGAUUUCGCCUAACCCUUUAUUCGAAGAAGGGUCUUAUACCUCCUCCAAAAUUCCUUCCCCACUCAAGCAGCUUCCUUCCACCCCAAAGAUCACCAGCCAGCCUGAAAAGACUGGUUCUACUGAAGAAGCUCUGCUAGAGCAAGACCAGAAGGAAUUCUUGAAGAAGGACAGGCAGCCAUUCGAGAUGUUGUAUGACUGACAAGAGAAGGAUAUCCCCUGUGAUGUCUGACUUAGCCCAGAUGAUUAUACGGAUAACCAGGCAGUGUAUUGUUCAAGUUGAUCGGUUGUGGUACAUUCUUCGUGUGAGAAGUAUUCGCUUUCAGAUGGGAUUCCUGAAGGGGAUUAUAACUGUCCUAGGUGCACACAAUUUAAGAAGGCUACGGAUAGGAUAAAAAAAGACCUCAAACUUUGGGAAUGCUCACUUUGUGGAGAACUGAAAGGAUUUAUGACUAAGAUGCCUGACAACACUUGGGCUCAUUCCUAUUGAGUAUUCUGGUUCAAUGGAGGUUGUAAAGAGAAUUUCUUCUUCUGGAAAGAGCAAAGAAGAGGAAAAUUUAACCAAAACUGUAACUUAUGUGCUAAAAUAACCAAAUUUCCUGUAAAAAAGUGUGAUUUUCCAACUUGAGGGUCUCAUUUCCAUAUGAACUGAGCUAGGCAACAUGGGUUCUUGAAAAAAUGGCUUUUAAUGACGAAGGUACAUCCUAAUAAUGAGAUAAACAAAUUCUCUCAGGGUAAAUUUUUUCAUAUUUACUGUGGAAAGCAUUACGAAAGAGCAAAGACUAAACCAGGGAUAUUUAGAGCAGAAUAUAUGCAAGGGUUAAAGGAGAUAUCAACUUCAUUUCUCCAAAAAAGAAUAAAUUGACGAUCGAAGAGCGAAGCCAAGGAAAAAGAAAAAUCUACAAAGACUAAAUCUUCAAAAAAGAGAAUAUUAAAAUCAAUCAGAAAAAGGGAAGAAGAAAUCUGAGCUAAUCAAAAACAAAAAGCCAGGCCUAUAAAACCUCACCCAAAAAUCAGGUCAAACCCCACCCCUAUACUCAACCACCCCUUUCCAAACCCUCUCCAACCCUCAGAACCACCCUCAGAUGUCUUUAAAACCCAAUUUCCCCUCAACAUUCUAAACUCACGUUUCCAAUCCAUGCAACGAGCAUUCCACCAAUCCGUCCAAGACCAGCUCUCAUCCACCUUCAAAGCCUUCCUCACCGACUCAUGCUUGCUCAAAUCCCUCCUGCUCAACUGUAAUUUCGCCACUAGAGACCAUCUAAUCUCCUCCCUCACCCGCCUCCUUUGCCAAGAAGGCACCUACAUCGCCCCCAAAUCCCUCUACAUAAUCCCCAAAUCCAGCCGCCUAUUCCUCCUCUUCGGCCGCACAGAAAUAAAACCCGACCAAAUCUUCCCACUAAUUUCUAAAAAUCUCUCAUAA